CGGCUCACAUCCUUGAGGAAGUUCUUUGAUGGAAUAAUCCCAUUCAUGCCUGAGGGUUCUAAAGUUAAGUACUAUUUUACGGGGACGGGGAAAGGUCGAGGUGGCGGAAAGCGCAGUACUCUUCCAGACAAUGUCAAGAAUUUUUUUGAAGAAAAAUCCUUCACAUGCGUUGAAUAUAACGAUCUCACAGAACUCCAGGAGCGAGACAUGUUCCAGCGUGUUCAACUUGGUAUGCCACUGAAGGAAGGCGAGAAGCUGCAGUCAAUUGGCUCCGAAUGGGCCUCGUGGUGUAGUUUCCUUGUGCACGAGUAUGUCGAGGAGGAAGGAGGCCUUCAGGAGAGUCUGUCAUUCACCACAGAGAGGGGGAGAUCCUUCCAAAUCAUCGCAACCAUUGUUGCAGGAAUCGACAGUUUACCAAAUUUUACAUACAAGCAUUAUGCAUCACUGGACAAAUUCCUGCGAAACGAGGGGCCGCCCCCAAAAAGCUUGAAGAUUUCAGUACAAAAUGCAUUGUCUGCGAUGUCUAGCCUUGCAAAAACCCCCACCUUAAAGACCCUCAUCACCGCAAGAGUACAGCGGUUCACGCCCGUGGAACUUGUUUUUUCGGUUGUUCUGAUUCACAUGCUGAGGGGGCAUGCUGAUUCGAUCGUAGCGAAAGAGAUCAGAAACCUACGCGAAGCAGUUCGCCGCAAACAUGAAGAUAUCCGAGCUAACAGCCGUGUAGUCCUCUCCAUGUGGGAGGAGACCAAGAAGAUAUAUGCACAAUAUGAAGGAGGUGGGCAGAAGAGUCGAAGCAGGCAACUUGAUGACGAGGAGGCAGCUUGGAGCACGAGUCGGCCAGCAAAGAAGACGAAGAGAAAAUAGAUCAUGUGCAUGUGUUCCUCAAGUUUUGCGAUGGCCUCACCCAUGUUUAUGUUGCUUAGCCGUCCUCCGCGAGACCAUCCACAUUAGUGAUGUCGGUCUGUCUUGACCGGUCCAAGAGCGAUUA